AUGUCAAAACAGAACAAAUUUUCCCCUGGUAUUUAUAUAAGUGGUGAACUGUUUACUCUGACAUAUGGUGCUCUGGUUGCGGAGUUACUACGAGAUUUAGAAAGUCCUACUGCGGUGAAUCGGCAAUUAGAUAAAAUAGGGUAUAAUAUAGGACUGAGGCUAGCAGAUGAUUUACUUGCAAAGCACUCUCAUAUUCAACGUUGUACAGAUAUGCAUCAAGUUGCCGAUGUGCUGGCAAAAGUUGCUCUUCGCACUUAUUUAGGAGUGACCGCACAAGUUUCGAACUGGAAUCCCAGUAAUGACGAGUUUUCACUCAUCCUUGACUCGAAUCCAUUAUCAGAAUUUGUAGAAGUCCCGUCUGAACUGGCUCAAGAUCUUCGGUACUCCCAAAUUCUGUGUGGAGCAAUACGUGGGGCCCUUGAAAUGAUGCAUAUGGAAGUUCAAACAUUCAUUGUGCAAGAACACAGUCAGAGUGUAGAAAUUAGAGUGAAAUUCAUUCGAAUUCUGCAAGAGUCAGUUCCACCUGGCGAUGAUGACUAG